UUUACGCUUGCGCAGUUCUGUGUGUCUGACCUUCAUAGCAGUAACCAUGUUCGCAAGGACCAGCGCGUUGGUGUUCUCCCCACAAUGUGGGCAGGUCAGGAACAUGGCUACCUUGAAGGACAUCACCAUUCGGUUGAAGUCCAUCAAGAACAUCCAGAAAAUCACCAAGUCCAUGAAGAUGGUGGCCGCUGCCAAGUAUGCUCGUGCUGAGAGGGCGCUGAAGCCAUCCAGGGUCUACGGUGCUGGUGCUCUGGCCCUUUACGAGAAGAACGACAUCCAAGUAGCCGAAGAGAAGGUCAACAAGCAUCUGAUCAUUGGUGUGAGUUCUGACCGUGGACUCUGCGGCGCCGUCCACUCUAACGUGGGCAGGAACAUCAAGAGCCAGAUCGCCCUUUCCGGCCCUGGCACGGAGGUAAUGGUGAUCAACGUGGGAGACAAGCUGAGAGCCCUGCUGAAAAGAACUCAUGGAAAGCACAUCCUGCUGAGCUGCAAGGAGGUCGGCCGCAAGCCCCCCAGCUUUGGCGACGCCGCAGUGGUCGCCACCGAGGUGCUCAACCUGGGAUACGAAUUUGACAAGGCCUCUGUCGUCUUCAACCGAUUCAAGUCUGUUAUCUCAUACAAGACUGAGUCGAAGCCUCUGUUUCCCCCAGAAACUGUUGGUAAUGCAGAGAGCAUGAGCGUCUAUGAUGACAUUGAUGCUGACGUGCUGAGGAACUACCAGGAGUUUGCCAUGGUCAACAUCAUCUACAUGGCCAUGAAGGAAUCCACCACCGCCGAGCAGAGCGCCAGGAUGACCGCCAUGGACAGCGCCAGCAAGAACGCCACUGAGAUGAUUGACAAGCUGACCCUCACCUUCAACCGUACCCGACAAGCGGUCAUCACCAAGGAGCUCAUCGAGAUUAUCUCUGGAGCUGCCGCUCUAUAAACGGGCAGGAUCUUCGUUCCCAUUACCUAUAGCUCUUCAAAGAACUUCAGACGUGUCGUCCAGAGUCUAUGAAAAUGUGUGCUUCUAUUUGUAAAAUAUAUGGAGAAAAAUAAACCUCUUACAGAACCAUCAUUUUCA